AUGGCUGCCAUUAGGCGAGCAUGUUGCGGUCUGACGCAGAAGAACUGCAACAAGAGUGUUUUAACAUCUUAUAAUCCACAGAAGAAAUACGGCAGUGAUGUUUCGUCGCCAAGAGGACAUCAUGUUUUGCUGCUGACAAAGUACCCGGGUCAUCGUAUCGACAUCGAUGUCAUUGGGUAUGCAUCAGUUCGACCCUUCCAUACAAGUACGCAGUUGUUGAAGAAAAAUUUUUAUGAUGUGCUUGGUGUGCCGAAGAAUGCUGAUGCUAAACAAAUUAAAAAAGCAUAUUAUCAACUUGCCAAGAAAUAUCAUCCAGAUGUGAACAAAAAUGACACUAAUGCUGCAGCCAAGUUUCAGGAGGUAUCUGAAGCAUACGAGGUUUUAAGUGAUGAAGGCAAAAAGAGGCAAUAUGAUGCAUUUGGGACUACGGGUAGUGCAGGAGGUGGUGGAGCACAUCCGGGAGCAGGGUUUGGACAAGGGGGCUUCCAAGAUUUUUCCGGAACUAAUCCUGAAGAACUCUUUCGUAAUAUAUUUGGUGACAUUUUUGGAAAAGGCUUUAGUGGAAACAAUGACUAUGAAGAAUCUAAAUAUGGAUUUGCACCAGCAUCAGAGGUACUUAUGGACCUAACAUUCCUAGAAGCUGUGCGGGGCUGUAAUAAACAAAUACACUUGAAUGUCACAGACACUUGUCCGAGGUGUAAUGGUCGCAAGGCUGAACCUGGCUCUAAGAUUGAAAGCUGUACUCAGUGUAACGGCACUGGAAUGGAAACAAUAAACACGGGUCCCUUCAUCAUGAGGUCAACGUGUCGACGCUGUAUGGGCAAGCGAACAGUUAUAAGCAAGCCUUGUUUUGAUUGUCACGGCAAAGGAAAGAUUGUACUGCGAAAGAAAGUAAUUGUUCCUGUUCCUGCAGGUGUUGAGGAUGGUCAGACAGUGAGAAUGCCGGUAGGCCAGCAGGAGGUGUUUAUAACAUUUAAGGUUGCUAGAAGUCGAGAGUUCAGACGUGAAGGGGCAGAUAUCCACAGUGACAUCAAUAUAAGUCUUUCCCAAGCUGUGUUGGGAGGCACCAUGAAAAUUCCUGGUGUGUAUGAAGACAUACUUCUAAAAAUACCUGAUGGGAGCCAUUCCCAUAGCAGGAUCAGAAUGACAGGAAAGGGUGCCGCUCGUGUUAACAGCCAUGGACGGGGUGAUCACUACAUCCAUUUGAAAAUACAAGUACCCAGAUCUUUAACAGAAAAACAGAGAGCUCUACUAUUGGCUUUCGCUGAAACAGAGAAGGGGGUGAAUGGCACUAUAAACGGAGUUGUAGAUACAGAUAUUGGUUUGUGGGCUGUCGAGGACAUGGAUAAUGGUUUGCUGUCCCAGAUAAAAGCUGUUUUGAAUGAGGAAAAUAACAGAAAACAUUCUACCUGCACCGAUGAAACAAAGGGGGAGGCCACUUCUGAAAACUUUGUGCAAACAAAUCAGAAUGAAACUGGUGAAAACAAGAAGAAAAUUGUAAACGAGGAAAAACAGGAAACUACAGAACUAAAAAUGAACAAAAGUCAAAACACAAAAAAAACCAAAGACAGCAAUGAAAUUAAAAACAAGAAAAUCCCAGAAGAUGAUGAUGAUGAUGAUGAUGAUGAUGAUGGUGAUGAUGAUGGUGAUGAUGAGAAUGAUGGUAAAAAUGGAGUGAGGAGUUCAUGUUAAUUUAACAAAAUCUUAUCACACUGCUUCAACCUACAAUACAAGUAGAAUGCGAUCCUCUAACUGUAAUCCUUGCUUGUUGUGUGAAGUCUGAUGGAGUUAAUAUUUACAUAUUUUUAAAUGUAGGAUGUUGCCCUCCUGAAUGGUUACAUUCAACUAAACAAGAUAAAGUUUGAGAGUGCAGGAUGCUUUUAUCUGCAAUUUUGAUUCUUGUUCAUCAUUCUCAUUCACUUGGAAUUUUAGAAGAAACUGCACGAAGUAAAUUGAUUCAUUAAGACGUGUAUAAUGUAUUUUGUCAUGUUGUUUGUUUAUAUCUGUAAGGUUGUGUGUGAACAGAGCUGAUCAUAGUGUAAAUGUGUGUGUGGAAAUUGAGAAAAAAAGUUGAUAUAUGUUUCUGUAAAACAUGGGUAUUUUACUGGUCUGAACACUUGGUUUGCCAAAAUUUUCUUAACCUGAAGGAAGAAAAACAUCAUGCGUUGUGAUUUGUGAAAACUGCAGAUUAAAAGUAUGAUUCACCAUUUAGUUAAACCAACACUUUAUCUGCCUCAGCUGUAUCAACUUAUUUAUACCAAGAAGCAUAUGUAACAUACUGUCCUUAUUUGGACAUGAUCAGUAAAACAGUCGAUGAUGCCAUAUAUAUAUAUAUAUAUAGAAACAUCCCAAAACUGUUAUAACUGUUUUUUAGGCUACUAACCACAGUGUGCUCAGGAUUUGUUGGGGAUUGUGUGAGUUUGUUAUAGAGAUGUUAGUGGAGAUAAACUGUGAUAACAUAGUCUGUAUCCAAAAUUUGUAUACAUUAUGUAUAUAUGUUUUAUUUAUGUCAAUGUAGCAUGGAAGGAGACAACUAGUGUGAUGUAUAUUUAUAAGUAAUUAUCCAAUUUAUCUCGUUUUAAUAAGUCUGAGAAUUAGACUUUCAAGUGAAGGCAAUUUCCAGACAUUAAUAUAUGGGAUGGAGGUUUUAUAAUUAAAGGUUACAGAAUUCUACCUAUUAGCACCCAAGAUUUAAUGGAGGUUUUAUAAUUAAAGGUUACAGAAUUCUUCCAUAUUAGCACCCAAGAUUUAAUGGAGGUUUUAUAAUUAAAGGUUACAGAAUUAUACCAUAUUAGCACCCAAGAUUUAAUGGAGGUUUUAUAAUUAAAGGUUACAGAAUUCUACCAUAUUAGCACCCAAGAUUUAAUGGAGGUUUUAUAAUUAAAGGUUACUGCAUUCUACCAUAAUAGCACCCAAGGUUCGGUGAUCCACAGGUAGAUGCAUGAAUAAGGGUAAUUAUGCACAUUCAUGAAGUUCCAAAAAAUGUGUUCGUAGGUAGUAUUGUUGUGAAUUUAUGGGGAAAUUGUUUUUCCAUAAUUGGAUCAAAUUUGCUGUUAGGUCUUUUUAGUUCUUUUACUAAAAGUGCAAAACCUAUUGUAACAACAUACUUGUAUAUCAUCCAGGGUCUGUUAGCUCAAACAAAAGCCUGUUGGUGAUCUUACUUAAAGCAGAAACCAGAAUAUAUCAAUCUGUAAACAGUGUAAUAGAUUGUGUUAACACACAUGUAAUAACAUCUAGCAGUGCUGUUACUGGAAGGUGCCCAUUGUCUCAUUUGCAAUGUCAUUAUCAUAACUUCAUAUUAUGAGAUCAUGAAAAUAAAAUGUAUUGAGAAAAUCAUCAAAUUGGAUAAAGUCUCAUAAAAUGCUGUUCUUAAGUUGAUGUGAUAAAUUUACUCCGGACUUUAUUUACAUUUUGUAUACAAGAUCAAUGAAACUUUUCAUGUUUUUUGUUUAUUUUUUUCCAGCAUAGGCUAGAUAAAACGAAAAAUUCUUGCUUAUUUCAUAAAUCUUGUAUGACAAGAUCCCUUACUGUACAUUUAUGUCAACAAACUUGGCAUACUCAAAUUUUUAAACUAAAGUUUUUAAGAUUUGAUAAUUGAUUUAAGUGCAUCAUAACAUCCACCUAAUGUAUGUGAUAAAUAAGGAACACAAAACAGUAGUAAAAUUAUUGUUAUAUUGAUGCACUUUGUGUAGUUCGUUAUGGUAAGAAUAUAUACAGAUAAUGUCUGUAAAAUGUCCACGCUUGUUCCCAGCUGGAAGUUGGUCGUUUUACUGGAGGAAAAUUUGUCCUGAUUAGCUAGAGAUAGUAUGACCACCAGAUAAGUAUGGGCUGGAGGAUCUAGAACAUUGUUGUGUGUUUGUGCUGAUGCUAUUUUGUGUUCAUAUUGUACAGCCAAACCUGAUUUCAAGUAACAGUUGAAAUUAACCAACGCAUAUUAAAAUCAAAGCUGUUUAGAGCUAGAUUAUUUCGCACAUACAAAUCCAGGUAUUCAUGCUUGUCUGAAAUGUAGUCAAUGAAAAUCACUAGUAUAGAAUUUUCAAGUGUUUAUAAAAACAAACCGACUGCUCAAGAAUAUUUAAGAGCAAAAUUGUUUCAAAUUUAGAUCACGGAGAAAGAAAUGUAUCCAAAUUUUGUUGUAUUUGAAAUUUAAAAUGUUUUGUCCGUUUAGGUUUAUUCAUUUACUGUGGAAUACUUUCCGUAUUUCGAGAGACUAUUUCAACCGGGUAGAUGAAAACAGUCGAACACAUUGAUUGUACUGGGAUCACUUUACCCAUUGUCAAUAUUCAAAUAUUAAGUUUUAUUAGAUUUGUAACAAAAUUUUAAUGAUGUAUCAUACAGAAUGGUUCAAAAUUUUACUUCAGACAGGUAGAAUAUAUGGAAACACGUUAUCAUGCAUGUUUAUACUAGCUACAUAGAAGUAUAUUUUGCAUAAAUGAACACCCAUAAUUUACCAGAAAUGCUGUAAGACUGUAAUGGACAUUUGGAUGCAGCCGUGAUCUGUAUUUGUGAUUCAGCAAUGAAUACUAGUAUAAUAAAUUUGUUACCCGUUUGUGUGAUGACUUGCGCUAGUUGUCUAUAUUUUAUGUUCAUUUGAUGAUAUCAAAUAAAUAUUUAAAUUUA